AUGGCUCCUCAAUUGGUCAAAGAUGGCAAGAUACAGAUUAUCGCGCACACCGCAAACAGUGUUGUCUAUACUGUCGAGACAGAUAGCAACACCGAGUUGGCCAAGGAUAGCCCCGUUGUUUUGAAAGGCGGAACAGUCUGGUAUAAAGGGAAACAGGCCUUGGGACCUGGCAAAGAUAUCGCCGAGUCAGACAAAACCAUCAAGAAAGAAGCAAGCAUAUACAAGACUCUUGGACAACAUGACCACAUCCUCAAAUGUUUCGGUCCCGAGGUCGAUGUUCUCAAUGACCAAGAUUCGGUACCAAAAGCAUGGGCGUUGCGCCUAGAACGUUCUCCGUUUGGCAGCCUCCGAGACAACAUCAUCGAUACCUACAAGAACACUCCUAGCCAGCUGGUUCGACUUGAUCUGGCACACCAAUUUGCAAAGGGUAUUGCACAUCUCCAUCACAUGGGGAUUAUCUGGGGCGACUUGUCAACUCGUAAUGCAUUUCUGUUUGACAGCUGGCGACUUAAGUUGGGUGACUUUGCUGACUCGGAUCAAAUCGAUGCUUAUCCUACUGAUUGGUACGGUUGCGAGGAUCGCUACUGUCCCCCUGGUUCUUAUAACCCCCAGCUACACGAUGUCGGAACCAUGAAUCGCGAACUAUUCGCCCUCGGUAGUGCCAUCUGUGAGAUUCUUGAGUGGAAGGUUCCAUACGGUUCAGUUGCCGAGGUAUCAGAUUCUGAUAUAUCAAAGGCAUUAUCUAUUGGUAAAUGGCCAGAUCUGUCUGAUGGCAAUCCUGCAAAGGCUGUUAUUCAGCAGCUUUGGGGAUAUUCAUAUGCUUCGUCUAGGCAGGUCGUUCACGAUUUACAGGCCCUCUUGCGUUCUUACGAGUAG